AGUUGAUAUGUAUACCACAAUGGUGUUUGCAAAGAGGGAAAGCAGGCCAUUCACAUGAUAUACAGAUCAGUAUUAAUACGCAGGCGUCAGUCGGCAUUUGAAACCCUGUGUAGCGUUGCUUCGAAAGAGCUGUGAUGAAAAUACUAGAGAAUAGGUCUUUGUCUUCAAUAAUGGUUUACAGUCUAUGCCGGUGUGGGUAAAUUUAGAGCAACCGUUUGAAUAAUUAGUCUAAAUUUGUGACGCGCGCUGUUACCGUGCGAUGCUUGAGGUCUGCACCUGUUCACUAACAUGCUGAAGCCCGUGGUGAGUGCUCCAUCUGCGUAGGAAACGUCACUUUUUGAAAUUUUAAAGCCUUUUAUUUGCAUUAACUAGAGAGCGUGUUAUUUCUGCAGAGUAUUUACAGUAAGGUCUAGUUUAGCAAUUAUGCCAUGUAGGCAAGCGAACGCCUUUGUUCAGACCAGUGAUAAUAGCCUUUAGUUUCGUAAGGCGACGUUGUGGACCAUCUGUGAAGGCAAGACGAAUAGAUCGCCAUAGUGUGCAGUUCCGCGAUGCUCGGCCAGUCACCUCACCUUAUUGGAGGUAUCUUGUGGAUCCAGAAUCCAAUGAGAGCUGUCCACUGCAACCUGACCCAGAAUGGGAUGGACCACCAGAGGUGCCCGGACGAUGUGACCUCUCACCUGGAGGAGGAGCCUCUGGACCAGGGCGCCAUGCUGGACGACGACAGCCCCACCUAUCAGGACGUGAGCCCCGGGUACCAGCGCCGCUCACCACCCCAGCGUUCCGUCUCCGAGUCAGAACUCUCACGUUCGGGGAACGUAAAGCUGUCCAAGCCGGUGGCCCUGUGGACCCAGCAGGACGUGUGCAAGUGGCUGAAGAAGCACUGCCCCAAGCAGCACCAGAUCUACAGUGACUCCUUCAAGCAGCAUGACAUCACAGGACGGGCUCUGAUGAGAUUGACGGACAGGAAGCUGGAGCGAAUGGGCAUCAUGCAGGAGGGCCAACGGCAGUACAUCCUCCAGCAGGUCCUGCAGCUCCGCGUCAGAGAGGAAGUCCGAACCCUGCAACUACUCACGCAAGGACCUGAGCCCUAGGACCAUGCCUCAGGACUACCUGGCUUGAUGACUCCUUGCUGUCCCCAGUCCACCUGGUCGUGCUGCUGCUCCAGUUUCAACUGUUUGGCUAUGGAACCCUGACCUGUUCACCAGACGUGCUACCUGUCCCAGACCUGCUGUUUUCAACUCGCUAGAGACAGCAGGAGCGGUAGAGAUACUUUGAAUGAUCGGCUAUGAAAAGCCAACUAACAUUUACUCCUGAGGUGCUGACUUGCUGCACCCUAUAUUAUUAUUAUUAUAAUUAUUUGACCCUGCUGGUCAUCUAUGAACAUUUGAACAUCUUGGCCAUGUACUGUUAUAAUCUCCACUCGACACAGCCAGAAGAGGACUGGCCACCCCUCAAAGCCUGGUUCUUCUCUAGGUUUCUUCCUAGGUUCUGGCCUUUCUUGCCACCGUGCAAGUACACCUGCAUUACUUGCUAGUUGGGGUUUUAAGCUGGGUUUCUGUACAGCACUUUGUGACAUCAGCUGAUGUAAGGAGGGCUUUAUAAAUAAAUUUGAUUGAUUGAUCUGCAGCACUCAAGGCAGUUAACCCAUUGUUCCCCGGGCGCCGGAGAUGUGGAUGUCGAUUAAGGCAGCCCCUCGCACCGCUCUGAUUCAGAGGGGUUGGGUUAAAUAACUAGGUAAAUAACUAGGUAUCCCCCUUUCCCUUUACCUUUCCACCAAUCAGGCCUUUAUGUGCUUAGUGGCCAGACGGAAGCCUCUACUCAGCAAAAGGCACAUGAUAGCACACUUUAAGUUUGCCAAAAGGCACCUAAACGACUCUCAGACCAUGAGAAACAAGAUUCUCUGGUCUGAUAAAACCAAGAUUGAACUCUUUGGCCUGAAUGCCAAGAAUCACUUCUGGAGGAAACCUUGCACUAACCCUAUGGUGGAGCAUGUUGGUGGCAACAUCAUGCUGUGGGGAUGUUUUUCAGGGGCAGUCCCAGGGAGACUAGUCAGGAUCGAGGCAAAGAUGAACAGAGCAAAGUACAGAGAGAUCCUUGAUGAAAACCUGUUCCAGAUUGCUCAGGACCUCAGACUGGGGCGAAGGUUCACUUUCCAACAGGACAAUGACCCUAAGCACACAGCCAAAACAAUGCAGCAGUGGCUUCGGGACAAAUCUCUAAAUGUCAUUGAUUGGCCCAGCCAGAGCCCGGACUUGAACCCGAUUGAACGUCUCUGGAGAGACCUGAAAACUCCCCAUCCAACCUGACUGAGCUUGAGAGGAUCUGCACAGACGAAUGGGAGAAACUCCCCAAAUACCAGUGUGCCAAGCUUGUAGCGUCAUACCCAAGAAGACUCGAGGCUGUAAUCGCUGCCGAAGGUGCUUCAACAAAGUACUGAGUAAAGGGUCUGCAUACGUAUGUAAAUGUGACAGACCGCCUUGAUUUGGAUGUAGCAAAAUUUGAAAUAGUGUUUUUUACAUUGGAUAAAAGCAGAGAUACAGAGCUACAAAUUGUAUAUAAUACAUUGCAUUUGAAGGACAAUGGGAAAAUAAUUAUGCUUUGAAAGUUGAAAAAACGUGUAACUUCACUUUUGAGAAAAUGGCCUUUAAAUGUUUUGGUACCUACUGGAGAGCUCUUCUUUGUCUACACCCAUUCAGCACCCUCUUAAGCCCACCCAUCUUUUCAAGGGCUGAUCCAAGCAUUCUGUCCUAAAAACAAAAGUCAAGCACUCAAGCUAACAUGUGAGAACUGUUCACUGACCAUUUUACUCACUAUGGCAGAGCUGGUUAGGCUGUUUUUAUGUUAUCCAGAGCAUUGGUGACUGCAACUGUGCUGCUGGCAACAAUUUACACUUAGUUGCCAAUGUUUACUGACACCGGCCAUAUUCAACGGGUGUUGAGUGUUCGUUCUGGCACACUGCAGAUAAAUGACUAACCAGGUUCAAUGUUUUCUAGCUGACAUUAGGCUGUAACUAGCAAAGCAAAUGGCUCUGAGAUACGAAUAAUAAGAUCAUACACGUAACGUUAGCUAGCGAUCCAGCCAGCUAACAUUAGCUAGCUAACAGUACACUUAAACUUUAACCACUUUCUGUGAAAAUUUAAAAUAAAAUGUGUAAUAUCUGAAAAUGUAGCUAGUUAGACUAUCUUACCCAAAUACACAAUGGAUGGACGCCUCCCCCUGUUACGGAUGCCAUGGUUUACCUUGGUUUACCCUAGUUUGAAGAUGUAAUUCUAACUAAGGAAAACCAUGGCAUGUUUUCUCCAUCUCCUUAGCUAUCAUACUCUAAUUGCAAUGAUUUCAAAACGCUAUCCUCGAGAAAGUGGAGAGCAACACAUCCAGUUCUACUACGCAAUAAAAAAAUUAAAGCAGUGUUAGACAGGAUUACCCGUACAUACUGACCAGCUCAAUUAAUGACCGUGCUAUAUGGCAGACCAAUCUGAACUCAUCUCUGCAUGUCCAGCCCACUCAAUAUACCAGCCAAUCAUGGAUAGCAGGAAGGUUGCUGACUUUUUCUGAAUCUGAACCAUCUAGGCUCGUAAUUUAACAUUUGUAUUUGUAUUUACAGAUGGCAUACAAGUCUGUUGUUAAGGCACAUACAAGUUCACAUGCUCCAGAAAGCAAUUCUGCCAGAAAACGCAUUUAGAUUAUUGUUUUAUGUUUACGUUCAAAUGGCUCUCCUGUGAAGUAGUGACCCGUGACAUAUGCCUAGUUUCCUGAAACGAGUAACAAAUGUGAUAUUUCAGUUUAUGUUUAAUAAUAACAAAACAUUUUAAGCCAUUUUAUAAGGUUUCCACAUUUUAUUAUGUUACAAAGUUCAAGGGGUCUGAAUACUUUCCGAAUGCACUGUAAAAUGAACAGUACUGGACCCAAAAUUGAACCUUGUGGAACGCCACAGGUGAUGUAUAUUCUCUGAGUUAUGUUCACCAAGGGUGACAAACUUUUGACCAGAUAAAUAGAUCCUUACCCAAUUUAGAACUGGACCGGAGAGGCCAACCACUUCUCCAGUCUGUCCAGAAGGACAUCAUGGUCACCAGUGUCAAAUGAGGCACUUAAGUCUAAGUACAGAGAGUACAGAGAGCUGUUUGGCAUCUGUUUUGGCUCUAAGAUCAUUUAACACUUUAACUAAGGCUGUGUCUGGGCUGUGCUGGGCACGAAAACGACAUUGGAAUUUUUUUACAUUUAGUUGGCACUUAAAAAAUUAUUUAGCUGUUUGAAAACCAAUUUCUCCAGAAUGUUGCUUAAGAAUGGAAAGUUUGAGAUUGGCUGAAAAUUGCUAAAGAAGAAUCUAGAUUACUUUUCUUCAGAAGGGGUUUCACCAUAGCAGUUUUUAGUGCAGUGGGGAAAGUGCCUGUGAGCAGGGAGUGAUUAACAGUAACUUGCACUUCUUCAGAUAUGUAAUUAAAAACUGUUUUGAAGGAGGUGGUGUGGAUAGGAUCGAGAAGGCAGGUAGAAGGCAUAAGUUGUGAAAUCACUUUCCUGAUCAUGUCUGUGUCAACCAGGGAAAAUAAAUCCAUAGGGCCUUUGCGUGGUAGGCUAGGGCACAUAUCAUCAUACUUCUCAUCAGGUCUUGCUUGACUGAUACCCAGCCUAAUGUUGCUUAUCUCAUCUCUGAAAUAUGCCCAAACUCAUCACAUUAAGUUCACAUAGGUUUAGGUUUGCGGGGGUAGGAUUUAUCAGGCCGUCAAUGGUUGAGAAGAGCACUCUCAAAUUAUUCUGAUUAAUAGUAAUCACGUUAGAAAACUGAGACCAUCUGGCAUUUCUAAUUUCCUUGUUAUAUAUGCCAAGUUUCUCCCUCAGAAUAUCAUAAUGGAUUUGCAACUUUGACUUUCUCCACUUCCGCUGCCUUUCUGCAAUUGCUCUUUAGUUGAUUAGUCUCCUCACUCAUCCAAGGGGCCCUCCAUUUGAAUGUGGCCUUUUUCAAUUUUACUGGAGCUAUUGUAUCAAUGGUUGCCCUUCAUUUGCUAUUAAAGUUAUCAACUAAAUCAUUAGAAGAGGAAGCCAGAAUAGCAUUUCUUAAUAAUGUGUUGUGUAUUACCCUAUGCUAAGGACAGCAAUGUAGUAAACAAUACACAGUGGUGAUCAGAUAAAGCAAUAUCAACAACAGAGGGUAUGCCAAUAGAAAGCCAAUAGAAAGCCCCAGGUCCAGAGUAUGGUCGCGGUUAUUGGUGGGCCCAGUAACAUGUUGGAUUAAGAUGAAUAAAUUCAAUGACCUUGGAGUCAGUCUCUUUGUCAACAUGAAUAUUAAAAUCACCCAACACAAUGAUUUUAUCAUAGUUCUCAAGGACAAUAGACAAUAGUUCAGAUAAAUCGGUAAAGAAAGUGGAACAGUGCCUUGGUGGCCUAUACAGGGAUAUGGCCCGCACUUUUCCCUUUUCUGAUAGAGCAUGGAAAGCUGUAGUCCGGGGGGAGGCAUCAAUAAUAGCUGCACUACACUCUGACAGCCAUGUUUCAGUGAGAAACAUGCAAUCAACUUUCUGUUCAGUAAUGACGUCAUUCACGAGAAAGGCUUUCCUUGUGAUUGCUCUAACAUUUAAAAGUGCCAUUUUCAGGGCCUCCCGGGUGGCGCAGUGGUUAAGGGCGCUGUACUGCAGCGCCAGCUGUGCCAUCAGAGAAUCUGGGUUCGCGCCCAGGCUCUGUCGUAACCGGCCAUGACCGGGAGGUCCGUGGGGCGAUGCACAAUUGGCCUAGCGUCGUCCGGGUUAGGGAGGGCUUGGUCGGUAGGAAUGUCCUUGUCUCUUCGCGCACCACCAACUCCUGUGGCAGGACGGGCUGGGUGCGCGCUAACCAAGGUUGCCAGGUACACGGUGUUUCCUCCGGCACAUUGGUGCGGCUGGCUUCCGGGUUGGAUGUGCGCUGUGUUAAGAAGCAGUGCGGCUGGUUGGGUUGUGUAUCGGAGGAUGAAUUAUUUUCAACCUUCGUCUCUCCCGAGCCCGUACGGGAGUUGUAGCGAUGAGACACUACAACAAUUGGAUACCACGAAAUUGGGGAGAAAAAGGGGUGAAAAUUCAACAACAAAAAAAAGGGCCAUAUUCAAUGAGUGUGGGCCACUGCCACAGCCUCGAGGCCACUGGCCACAUCUCCACCAAUGGAAUAACAACCAAAUUAUUAAUGUUACAACCACAUUUUCCGACAGUCUCCAAUCUAUCAGAAUGGUAGGAGGUGACAGUUUGUAUAAACCUGCUCGAAGGCAGAGUUAAAGGUACAUACAUUAGGUUACUCACAAUAACGAUAGUGGCAUUUCUACAGGAGUUGAUAUGAGAAGAGAAUCAUCCAGCCCAUUGAGUAUCUCACUACAUCCCCAUAUGCCAUGUCUUGAAAUAUGCAGACAGACGGAUUAAAGUUAAGUUUACGUCGGAAUACUGACAGCCAACGUUCUAGCUCCGUCCAUAAACUUUUGGACUUUAUAGCAUUCCUAGAAAACAUGGAUUAUUGAAUCAUUAUUAGUUUUACACUUAAGACAUGACUGCCAAUGUGCUGUGGAAUUGAUGAAUUUUGUCUCUUGUAUAAUAAAUUCUAUACAUUAGUUUAUACUGUAUUGGCGAGAUGGAAAUGGCUACAGAAAUGGCUGCCUCGCUUCUAGUUCUUACAAACAUUUCGCUACACCCGCAAUAACAUCUAUUAAAUAUGUGUAUGUGACCAAUAUAAUUUAAUUUGAUUAAGAGUACAUUUUCAUUAACUGUAAUUUUGUUACUUAUGCUUCAACUUUCCCUGCAUCUUGUGCCAACAUCAGUUCUUUUUCAAUCUUGGUUCCAAUAGUUAAACAUUUUUCGAAGAGAUUGUUAGUUGGAUAUGUUCUCUGAAAGGUUUCGUUUGUCUUACCUAUCAUAUAAACAUCCUUUUCUGACUCAAAUCCAGGCUGUAUCACAUCCGGCCAUGAUUGGGAGUCCCAUAGGGCGGCGCACAAUUGACCCAGCGCCGUCCGGGUUUGGCCGGAGUAGGCUGUCAUUGUAAAUAAGAAUUUGUUCUUAAUUGACUUGCCUAGUUAAAUAAAGGUUAAAUAAAAUAAAUACAUCAGGUUGCUCUGAUGUCCGAAAGAUUUCAAAUCAAAAUUUCAUGAUAUGUAACAUUUAAGUUGCAUAUACUUGAAACUAUCUACAUUGGUCAGUCCAAAAAGUAUUUUUAAUUCUGUCAUGGAAAUGAAUGUAUUUCCUGUUACCAAGUCAUUUACGGUUUCUAUGCCUUUACUUUUACAAACUUGCUUUUCCAUUAACUGCUGUGCAACCUUUCCAGUGUACCAUUGAUCAUUGUGCAGUCAGGUUUUUCCCCUGUACCAACAGUCAUAUUAGUGGUCUGAUGUGAUGAUGUCAUUUACAGGAAGUGGUGUGAAUCAUGGCUUCUUCUUAUACUGUAGUUUACUAGAAAGGGUGUGGAGUGUAGGUGUGUAGGUGUGUACUACCACAAGGAUCAGGUGAGUUACUAACAUCUUUUGUUCGUGUGUGUGUGUGUGUGUGUGUGUGUGUGUGUGUGUGUGUGUGUGUGUGUGUGUGUGUGUGUGUGUGUGUGUGUGUGUGUGUGUGUGUGUGUAUGUGUGUGUGUGUGUGUGUGUAUGUGUAUGUGUGUGUGUGUGUGUGUGUGUGUGUGUGUGUGUGUGUGUGUGUGUGUGUGUGUGUGAAUGGCACGUACCCCUUUCUCACAGCCUCUGAACAAUGGAGAGGGCACAGUUCACUGUCUACUCUCUCUACACCUCA